UCACCAUCAUCACCAUCACUAUCAUCACCGUCAUCUCCAUCAGCAUCAUCUCUAUCUCCAUCAGCAUCAUCUCUAUCACCAUCCAUUCCAUCACCAUCACCAUCAUCACCAUCACCUCCAUCACUAUAAUCUCUAUCACCAUCAGCAUCAUCUCCAUCAGCAUCAUCUCCAUCAGCAUCAUCUCCAUCAGCAUCAUCUCCAUCAGCAUCGUCUCCAUCAGCAUCAUCACCAUCAUCUCCAUCACCAUCAUCUCCAUCAUCUCCAUCACCAUCAUCUCCUCCAUCACCAUCACCAUCAUCUCCAUCACCAUCAUCUCCAUCACCAUCAUCUCCAUCACCAUCAUCUACAUCACCAUCAUCUCCAUCACCAUCAUCUCCAUCACCAUCAUCUCCAUCACCAUCAUCUCCAUCAGCAUCAUCUCCAUCAGCAUCGUCUCCAUCAUCUCCAUCACUCUCACCUCCAUCAUCUCCAUCACCAUCACCAUCAUGUCCAUCACCAUCAUCUCCUCCAUCAGCAUCAUCUCCAUCACCAUCAUCUCCAUCAGCAUCAUCACUAUCAUCACCAUCACCAUCAUCUCCAUCACCAUCAUCUCCAUCACCAUCAACUACAUCACCAUCAACUACAUCACCAUCAACUACAUCACCAUCAACUACAUCACCAUCAACUUCAUCACCAUCACCAUCAUCUCCAUCACCAUCAUCUCCAUCACCUUCAUCUCCAUCACCAUCAUCUCCAUCACCAUCAUCUCCGUCACCA